CGGGAUUUAUUCAUCUCCGCCGGCACAUCGACACGAAGUUUUCAACGUUUUGUUCAUUUUCCUAACUCUGCAAGAAUGUCAACAGCUGUUAUUAUUGGAGGCGGUAUAAGUGGAUUGUCGUCUGCAUUUUAUUUGCAAAAAACUUCGAGUUUCGCAAAGAUAAUAGUUCUAGAGUCAUCUAACAGAGUUGGAGGAUGGAUGAAGACUGUAAACACAGAGGACGGAGCAAAAAUGGAGAUGGGACCUCGUAGUAUACGUCCCGUUGGUCCAUCAGGGUUUAACACACUUUAUCUUGCGGAGGAAUUGGGCCUGUCCAAUGAUGUCGUACCUGUUCUCAAUUCUCAGCCAGCUGCACGGAACAGAUUUAUCUAUGCAAAUGACAGACUUAAUAAAAUGCCUAACAGUUUGAUGUCUAUAUUUAAAACAAUACCGCCAUUCUCGAAGCCGCUGUUUAAGUACGUGUAUCAUGACUUUGUCACUUCUAAAGACUCUAAAGAAGACGAAAGUAUAUAUGAUUUUAUAAGCAGAAGAUUUGAUGAGGAUCUAGCCAAGUAUUUUAUAGAUCCGAUGUGCAGAGGAAUAUAUGCCGGAGACUGUCGAAAACUCAGUAUAAAGUCCUGCUUUAGAUUACUCCACUCGGCGGAAGAGAAACAUGGAUCUGUGUUAAAAGGUUUGGUUGCGAAGAUAAGUAAAAAGAAAGAUCCACCUGCUAGAUUAAGCGAUCUGGUUUUGAAAAAAACUAAUGAAAAAUGGGCAAGUUACUCUUUUAAACAGGGGCUACAACAGCUGUCUGAUGGACUGAGGGAUGCUGUUUCUCAAAAUCCAGCUGUUGAAAUUGCUAUGAAUUCCCGUUGUUCAGAUCUGAGCUUUGUAAAUGGUAAAGCAACGCUAACUGUUAAUGGUGAUGUUAUUCAAGCUGAUCAUGUGAUAUCAAGUAUUUAUGCUAACGACUUGGCAAAAUGUUUAAGCAAAGACCACUCUGCGUUGUCGAACAAUUUGUCAAGAAUACCUGCAGUUGAUGCAGUGGUAACAUGCAUGGAAUUUGAUGGGAAUAUACAAUUACCUGCACCAGGAUUCGGACAUCUGACUCCGUCAUUUGAGAAUAGUUGCGUUCUUGGCGUUAUAUAUGAUUCGUGUACCUUCCCACAGCAUGAUAGACCUGAUAAGCCAUCUACUAGGUUCACUGUAAUGAUGGGAGGGAGCUGGAUGGACGAUCUGAAAAAACAAGUUCCUUCGAUGACACCUGAAGACUUAGGUCGGUUUGCUGUAAAGUCUAUCCAAGCACAGCUAAAAAUAGAUCAAGAGCCGGCCAGGAUUCAUACAGAGAUUCAGCGAGAGUGUAUCCCACAGUAUAUUCUCGGACACGAUAAACUUUUAGACAGUCUUUUUUCAGGGAUCCGAGAGGAGAAAUUACCCUUGAGUUUAGUCGGUUCAUCGUACAAAGGACCUAGUGUUAAUGACUGUAUAGAUAAUGCAAGGUUAGAGAUUGAGAGAGUAACUGGGGCUACCAGCCUUCAGUAAGUCGUAUGACAAUGUGAUGUAAUAGUUUAUGAAAUGCAGUGAAAUAUAUUCUAUAUAAAUCACUGUUAGUACAGGGCUAUUUUUUCCUUUCUAUAGCAAGGGCCAUUAUAGGGCUGCUUGUCCAAUGAAAAAAUCUUUAAAAUCAUGC